UCCGCCUCUUCAUAUCUGCUGCUGCCGCCGGGGCGACUGAAAAUGGCGAGGAUGGUGGAUUCUUCGAACGGCAAGCACUACUACACAAUGUGGCAGACGAUGUUCGAGAUCGACACCAAGUACGCGCCGAUCAGGCCCAUCGGGAGCGGCGCCUACGGUGUCGUCUGUUCGGCCAUAAACCAGGAGACCAAUGAGAAGGUCGCGAUAAAAAAGAUAAGCAAUGUCUUCGACAACCGCGUGGAUGUGCUGAGGACGCUGCGCGAGCUGAGGCUUCUUCGGCACUUGCGUCAUGAGAAUGUUCUUUGUUUGAAGGAUAUAAUGAUGCCCAUACAUAGGAGGAGUUUCAAGGAUGUAUACUUGGUCUCCGAACUCAUGGACUUCGAUCUGCAUCAGAUAAUCAAGUCGUCUCAGCCGCUUUCCAAUGAUCACUUCCGAUAUUUCCUUUUUCAGCUCCUCCGAGGGCUAAAGUAUCUUCAUUCUGCAGGGAUACUCCAUAGAGACCUCAAACCAGGAAACAUUCUAGUUAAUGAAAACUGCGAUUUGAAGAUCUGUGACUUUGGUCUGGCUCGCACAAAUAGCACCAAAGGUGAUCAGUUUAUGACUGAAUAUGUUGUCACCCGCUGGUACAGAGCUCCUGAGCUGCUGCUCUGGUGCGACAACUAUGACACCUCCAUAGAUGUCUGGUCUGUUGGCUGCAUAUUUGCUGAGCUACUUGGUCGUAAGCCGAUCUUUCCAGGAACGGACUCCCUAAAUCAGCUUAAGCUUAUAGUCAAUGUUCUUGGCACCAUGAGUUAUGGUGACCUUGAGUUCGUUGACAACCACAGAGCUCGCAAGUACAUCAAAUCCCUUCAAUGCACCCCCGGGAUUCCGCUGCCUAGCAUGUACCCACAAGUGCACCCUCUUGCCAUUGAUCUAUUGCAGAAGAUGCUUGUCUUUGAUCCUUCCAAGAGGAUUAGUGUUGUUGAGGCUUUGGAGCACCCCUACAUGGCUUCCCUGUAUGAUCCAAGUGCAAACCCUCCUGCUCAGGUUCCCAUCGAUCUUCAUAUAGAUGAUAACCUUGGUGUAGAGAUGAUCCGAGAAAUGGUGUAGCAGGAGAUGAUCCACUACCACCCUAAGGCCGUCACAAAGGUGAAUAUGUGACAAGCAGCAGAUGCCCCGGUAUGACGCCCGCGGCACCGCCUCGUCCGGUCACUGCAUGCUGGCAAUUGCGCUCUACGUCUGCUUCCUUCUUUGGGAUUGCAAUGGGUCUUGUUCCCUGUUGAGAAUUUAUUUACUAGGGGAUGGGCCGGUAUGAGGAACUUUGAUGCCUGCUAUCUAAAAUGGGAUGAGGAUUAAAAGGUCUCCCAUCCUUUUCCCCGCUAUAUCCUCUUAUAUAUUUGUAUAUACAUAUAAAUUCGUAUAGUUUUUGUUAGUAGUAUGUUAUAAUAUCAUGU